CUGUGGAUUACACCGCGCGUCUUCAGCGCCAGUAUAACGCAGUUAAAGUCAGCAGUCAUAAAGGCGCAUACAAAACCCACUUUGUUUAUAAAAAAAAACGUCACUUUUAAUGGCAGCGGGAGUAGGAUUAGCCAUGAAUCCGCCGCAUAUAACAGAGGAAAGGGCGGUUUUCACGCAGCUGAAGCCCGUGAGGAUGUCAGGAGCGGAAGGAGCCGAGGACACGUCCGUCUUUGAGGACGUCAAGCCCCCGAUUCAGCUAGAACUGGACAAAUACCUUCCCCUGGUCAGCAGCCCCCUCCUGACUGCCUCCACUGACACCGACAAGAAGUACAGACGAGAGAGCGCGUCUGUGGUCGACGAGUACUUCUCAGAGGACAAACCUUCUGCCCCUUACAGCCUCAACAUCAACCUCAUCCUUCCCAGCACCACCCACCUCCGCACAGGCCUCUACAGGAUCAGUAACCCCAAAACCCUCACGCCACAGCAGAUCAAGACAGAACCAGGACUGGAGGUGCCCUGCUCCAUCCCAGCCACCACCCAGGCACUGCCAGACUUCACGUCAGUCUUCAGCGUGCCGCCUGUAGUCAACAAUGUUUUCAUCAAACCAGAUAUGAGCUCUGGAGCAGGUAGCUGCAGAUUGGACCCCCGCCCCCCCCAGCCGCAGGUCUACCACAUGCCCAUCACCAGCUCAGACCUCCCCUUGUCCCAUAGCAGCACGGCAGCACAGGGCUCCGCCGGUGGCAGAACCAUGCUGAACCUCGGCGCCCCCACUUUACCCACGGGCAACGGCAACUACAUGAUGCAUGCCGAGCACCAGCUGCAGCAGCAGCAGCACCACAGCUACUACCAGGCCUCUGCAAACAACUCAUCCCAGCCCACAGCGCCACACAGUCUGCCGCCAUCACCUCCAAACUCCCAGCCAGGCAGCCCGGAUGGCCAGCCUGAGCUGCUCAGCCUGGGGACGCAGCCCCCGCCUUUGUACCAGCAGCGUCUGGGAGGAAUGAAGGUGACGGGACUCUCUGCCCAUGCACUUCUAAUGACACACGGCCAGGGCGUACUGACCGGCCCCAAAUACAACAGGCGGAACAAUCCAGAGCUGGAGAAGAGGAGAAUCCACUUCUGUGACUAUCCAGGUUGCACCAAAGUUUACACAAAGAGUUCGCAUCUAAAGGCACACCAAAGGACACACACAGGCGAGAAACCGUACCGCUGCACGUGGGACAACUGCGACUGGCGCUUCGCCCGGUCGGAUGAACUCACCCGGCACUACCGGAAGCACACCGGGGCCAAACCUUUCAAGUGUUUGGCCUGCAGCCGCUGCUUUUCACGUUCGGACCACCUGGCUCUGCACAUGAAGCGCCACCAGAACUAGCACCUAACUGCCUAUAGAUCCAAACGAAAACAAUCAAACACAUAUAGAGAGCAGUGUGCAUGCAUAACAACCACCUCUGUGGGCUCUGGUACCUCAGCUGGUGGGUUUUGGAUUUUUUUUUUUUUUUUUAUCGAAACACUCCAAAGAAAACUUUGAGUUGAACCAAAGGACCUAUUACUGAAUAUCUGAGGUGAACUGAUUUUAACAUACAGGUUAAUCUCUUUACAGAUAGAUGUUCACUAAACAUCACUUCCAGGUUUCAAGAAUGGACUUCAAACUCCUGAUUAUCUUGGAAAAAUUAUCUUUUACCUACAAAAUGACUGUUUUCAUCUUUCAGCUCUCUGAGGUAUGAGCUUUUUAAAGAGACAGGUCCUGCUUGUGUACAUACUUGUACAUAUGUCCGUGUGUGCGCCUGUUUUUGAGAAUACAGCGAAUGACUUUUGACUUUUGUUUUUGCUGAACGAGAUCCUGAGUGUCCAUGUUGUAGCUUCCUUGUGAUAAAAAUCCCCAGCAGACGGCCUGAAAGAGAGUAAAAAAGCAAAAGGAACCAACUGACGAGAUCUGAGGAGGAGUUAAACAUCAACUCAUUAUACCUGUUUCAGCGCAGGUUAUACCUGUCAAGCUCAAAGAAUGGAGGCGCUUGCCAGUGUUUGUAUCUGGUGCCACGGCAACCAGAUUUGGCUGACAACAGUUUAUGGUUUGCUUUCCUUUUUCCUUGAACGUUAGUUUUUCUGUUGUUUGUUUUGUUCUAAUGCUUCCUGUAUUUGUUCAACACUUUGGCUCAGAAAAGAUAGACGCAGGCGGGUGGGGCAUUUAUAUAAUCAUGUUUUUCUUCCUGAUUGUUUUAAUGCACCGUGUGGCAGGAAAUUAACUCUCAGGCUGGUUAACGUUCACUCAGUUGUAUGACUAGCUGAUCGAUGAGGCCUCUUCAGCUUUAAGGACGCCUUUAUGCGGUAGAUUAGCUUCAGGGUUUCUACUCUGUCUGGAAGAGUAUGGAAAAAUUACCAGAAAAAUUUGAUUAUCUUUAGAGAAAUUACACAAAACAGAAGAAUAUGUAAGACUGUAUACACAAAAGAAAAGCAGCCUUUAGGUUCAUCCACCACAUCAAGCAUCAAGUUUACCUCUUCGUCCAUGAGUAUUUAGGGUUUUUUUGAGUCUGAGAAUUCUGAGAGCUUUAUAGUUACUUCUACUCUUAAUUAUAUAUCCACAUCUUCUGCUGCUUGACUUCAUAUCUUGAUCCCAAUGAAAUUAGUGGCUCAAAACAUGAGUAGUUGAGAAUAAAUGUAAUCAGUAGAAAAACACAGAAAUGAGUGCGUAUGCGCUGAUUGAUCCCAAUAAAGCUGAAGGUUUCACUCGAUGGAGGCUGGCUUUUUGAUUGGUUGAUUAAGUGAAUCCCCUUCUGUUAUUUCAGCAGUAUGAUUGUUUUACUUUUACUUUUUCUUUUAUUUUGUCACCAAGGAAGAAAGUUCUCCUGUCUCUCUCAAAGAGGGAGCACUGACCGCCGACUGUGUACAUAACUGUGGUUCUACUUUCAACAGAAGACUGUAAAUAUGUGUUCUAUUUACUAUUAUAUUAAUAUUGUUUUUUUUUUUGUUUUUUUUUAACUAAUGGGAUUUUAGAUUGGUUGUCUGUGAAAGUUUGUUUAAUUUUGUUUUGAUACGUAAUGUUUGUAAGAGAAUCAUCAAGUUGUACAAUUAAUAAGAACAAUGGUUUGUUUCUGUUUUUUUCAGUUUGUGCAGCUGUGAUGUUGCAAUGAAAUAAUAAAAAAACAAUCAAAUAUUAUAAAUAAAA